ACUAGCUACUACAUACUGCUUGCUAGAACUGACUGCUGUCAUGCGACAGUAUCCCUCCCUCCCAGUGCCGCUUCGUGUUUCAGACGACGGACUACGCAUCUUAGGGAGGCAAGACGGAGGUCGAGAUUAACGUGCCUGCGCUGUUCCGAAGGUUAGGAUCCGCCCGUGGUCAUCGUCAAUCCUGUUGGCGUGGUCCUUCGCGACCCUUAAUUGCUAGCGUUUGGCGUACGACUACUACACAGGAAAAGGGGUUUCGUUUCCGUAAUCAUCCGAAAUGGAGACCGACGCAGCGAAUGAUGGCGACGUGCUACUGGAGUUUCGCGCGGGGAAGAUGACCGUCAGCGGCAGCACCGUGAAACCCGAUCCUCGCAAGGGCCUGUUUAGAUUGAUCAGGACGGAGGAUUUGCUUCUGCAUCUGCAGUGGCUGGAUCGCACCACUCAAGCUGUUGAGGAGGACAUGGUCGUGUUCCCAGACGAAGCCAGAUUCGAGAAGGUGUCGCAGUCCAGUGGUCGCGUGUACGUGCUCUCCUUCAACGAGGACGACCGCAAACUCUUCUUCUGGAUGCAGGAACCCAAGGCACACAACGACGAGCAUCACUGCUCCGAAGUCAACCGGAUUCUCAACGAAGCUUGGUUGCUAGAGGAGGACGACCGAGUGCUGGAUGCAGCGAUGAUGGACUCUGAGGCGGAUGCUUUCGCAGAGGACGAGGAGGGCCAUCUGGGGGAGGCGGAUAUGCAUGAUGAUGGGGACAGCGGCCAGCUUAUAGCACCUGCAGCACAGCCUGCCUCACAGCAGCCCAGACCAGUCGGCAGCAGCGGCGCCGUGCCAGCAGGGUCACAGGGCGCUUCUGGUGCUGGUGAGCUGCGAGGCAGCGCUGGAGGGGGCGGAUCAGCCGCAGCAAUAGCGGCAGGAGGGGCAGCAGCAGCAAGUGGAGGGCUGGGUGUUGCUGGUGCAGGUGCUGCUGGUGCCGGUGGGGUUGGUGGGCCGGUACAGCUGGCGCAGCUGCAGAACAUUCUGGCCGGCUUGGGUCAAAUACAAGUGCCGCAACACUUGAAAGCAAGGAGCAUGAAGCUGACGGACAUUCUGAAGCCUGAGGUCAUGAUGGGCACUCUCGGUGACGCCACUGUGCAACAGAGACUGGCCGAGUUCCUGCCGCCUGAGCUGAGGAAACCCGAGGACAUGCAGCAGCUGGUUCUGAGCCCUCAGUUUCAGCAGCAGCUGGAAGUGUUUUCUGAGGUGUUGCUUGCUGGGAAGAUCGACCUCUCACAAUUUGGAAUCGAUGUGAACAAGUAUGGAUAUGGCGUCGUUUCGUUUCUGGAGGCAAUAGAUGAUUCCACCCCUGCAUCCUCUGCUGAUGCCGCUGCUGGCGGAUCUACCUCCGCUGCUGCUGCUGCUGCUGCUGCUUCGGUCUCUGCCUCUGCACCUGCAGCAGCAGCUGCUGCUCCUGCUGCCCCUGCUGCCCCUGCUCCCCCUGCAGAUGGGGGGGCGAUUCCCCAAUCAGCAACAGGAACCGGAACCGAGCAGGGUGAAGGCACAGCAGAGAAAAAGGAAGGGUCUGACAGAUAACACAUGGUCAGGUGGUGUCACUCUGACUGACAACUGACGUGCUGUCACAUCACAAGCAUGGGUCUGCUAGUCGUGAUACAGGAGGGACAGUGCAACCCGCAUGAGAUUCUUUAGGGAGUAAUUUGUAAAAAUACCGUACAACCCUCUGUUUAGCUGUAGGCUUUGUAGGCUCUCCUCCAAAAAAGUCAUAUUUGGGCCACUGCAAACAUCCCUUGGUGUGAUACACCUUGUACUAC